UGGGGCAAUGCGGAAGCGGUCCAUUUUCAGCCGAAAAACAAAACAUUCGUGGGUGGUGUUGAGUUACUCAAUGUGGACUGACGUUACUCAGGUCUGCUGGAGUGGUUGCAUACACUGUACCGUAUAACUCGACAGUUAUACCCGGGGUUUGGCAAGAUGCUGAGUGCCGCUGCCGCGGAGAGGAACAAGGAGCCCAUCCUGGCGGUGCUCCGGGAGAGCGUGAACACCGGGAGACCCCUGCAGGCUCUGGAGAUCUCCUCCGGUACCGGGCAGCAUGUCACACACUUCGCUCAGGCCCUGCGGAAUAUAAUCUGGCAGCCCUCAGAGUAUGACCGCCAGUCUCUUGCCAGUAUAGAAGCGUACAGAGCCCACUACCAGCUGCACAAUGUGAAGCCUGCCAUCCACCUGGAUGCUUCUCUGCCCUAUCAGUACUGGGGAGGGAUCCAGCCAGAGAGCCUCGAUCUGGUAGUCAACAUCAACAUGAUCCACAUUUCUCCGAUUGCUUGCACAGAGGGUUUAUUCAAAGGGGCUGGAGCAGUGCUGAAGCCACAAGGUCUUCUACUGACAUAUGGGCCCUAUGCAGUGAAUGGUCAGAUCACACCUCAAAGUAAUGUUGACUUUGACUACAGCCUACGGCAGAGGAACCCAGAGUGGGGACUCCGGGAUAUCUCCCUCCUCAAUUCUACAGCACAAAGAAAUGGUUUAUUCCUGGAGAAAAUAAUGGACAUGCCGGCAAACAACAAGUGUCUUCUGUUCAGGAAGGAGAGUUUGGUGUGACGUAUCCUGUUGUUCCUUUUCUGGAUGGUCGAAACGCCUUAACUUACACUUGAAGCUCAGAUUCAGUGCCACAUUUUCCAGAACUGUUAAUGAAUUGUUUCCUCAUAUUCUAAUACACAUUGACAUUAGAACUGAGAUACUGUCAUCUAUUAUACGCUAUAUUCUUCAGUGUUGCACACUUGAGUAAAAUAAAUAAGGCUCACAUA